UUUUUUACUUCUUUCAUUUUGUGGAAUUUGGACUUUUUAUUUAUGCAAAAUAAACGCUAAGUGCAGUUCGGGUAUUGCAAAUUUAGAAGUCAGAACAGUUAUUAUUGCAAUGGCUUCCGAGACUAAGAUAAAAUGUUGUCGCACUUGUUUGAAAGAAGAUUCUUUGAUGUUUGAUCUUUUCUUAGAGAGGUUAGAAUCUUCAAACUUAGCGGAUAUGCUUGUAUCUUGCACUAAAUUAAAAAUCCGAGAAGAUGAUUCCCUCCCAAAACAAAUAUGUAGAUAUUGCUAUAAUUGCCUUGUAUCUUUUUCUCACUUUUGCAAUAUGGCACAGAAGGCUGAAGAUAAACUUAAGGAAGCAAUGUUAAAUAGCGAAGGAUUCAAUCAUAAUUCUGAAGGUGAUACAUUUGAAAUUAAAAUAGAAAAUAAUAUUCACGAUGACAUAUUUGACACUCAUGAAGGAAAUUAUGAUAACCAUUUGAAUUUAGAUGAAAAUAAAAAUUCAGAAACUUGUAAUUCAAAUAACGAUUGUAAAGUUAGCAAGGAUAAAGCAGAGAGUAAAUUAAAUUGUUUGUAUUGUAAUAAACAUUUCAGUAAACUCUCUAAGUUGAAAAAUCAUGAAGAAAAGCAUUUUAAUAAAAGUAGAUGUAGCAUAGUGUCAAAACACAAUGAUAACGCAGUGCCAUUCAAUGGUGGAAAUCCAGAUUUAAAUGUUAAAAGUGAUUCAACAAAUACAGAUUUGAUAUGUAUUAUUUGUUCUUCCAGAUUUGAAUCAAUGAAUUUGUGUUCAGCUCAUAUGAAAAGCCAUGAAGAAAAAAAUUGGGAAAUAUCCUGUGACCAAUGCAGCAAAGUAUUUAAAAAAGUUAAUCAUUUAAAACAUCACAAAAUGAUCCACAAUGAUACAUGCUCCCAUAUUGAUUUGUUGCAUACAAUGACACCUAAGGAAAAUGUGAAUACAAAUAUAUGUGGAUCUAAUUCGGAUCAGUUUCAAUGCAGCAAAUGUUUGUUGACAUUUAAGAAUAUUAAUUCACUAUCGGCUCAUAUGAGGAAGCAUACCGAAAAAGGAAGAGUCAUAUCUUGCAAAGAAUGCAAUAAGGUUUUUAAAAAGCUCAGUCAUUUAAAACGACACGAGGUACAACAUGAAAUUAACUGCCCAUACAAAUGUACAGUUUGUCCAAAAUCUUUACCAACGGAAGAUGCAUUAAGAGAUCACUUAAAUAAACACAGAGGGGUUAAACCUCACGGAUGUCCAGUUUGUGGGAAGAAAUUCUCCCAUUUAUCAACUUUAACGGUGCAUCUAAAGAUACACACUCGUGAUAAAUCGUUCUUGUGUCCAACUUGUGGUAAAAAGUUUGACUCCAGUACUAAUUUGAAUCAGCAUAUAUCAAGGCAUAUUGGAUUGAAGGAGUUUGCUUGCACAUUGUGUCCUAAAAGAUUUGUUAGUAAAGGUGAGCUAAAAUCGCAUACAAUAACGCACACAGGCGAGCGUUCGUACACAUGUGAUCAAUGUGGUGCGACGUUUACCAAACGCAGUUCACUGUCGAAGCACAAAAUACGACAUCUGGGACUCAAACCGUACCAGUGUGCUACAUGCUUAAUGAGAUUCACAUGCAAGGACCAUUUGAAAAGGCAUUACCGCAUUCACACUGGCGAGAAACCGUACAAAUGCGACAUGUGUGAUAGGGCCUUUACCCAGAGCAACGACCUCGUCAAACAUCGUCGCUCUCAUGUAGGAGAAAAAGUGUAUAAAUGCCCCCAAUGUACCGAGAGUUUCCGCCUCAACGUCGAGCUGCGUCAACACAUUUCGGAGCACUUUAUCUCCUUACAAAGUUCUUUUGCCGUCGGUUCUUGUCCAGUUGACGGAGUUCAGUCGGGGGGUACAGGCCUCGAGGCUAAGCCCCCUUGUCCAGAUGUGACCUCACAAGUUGUGUAGCUGGGAAAAAAGAAGAAAAAAGAAAGAUUCUUUUAGGGAGUAAAACACAAAUAAAUUAGUAACGGUACCAGUUCCCUUAAAGCCUUGCAUAUUAUAUCGAUUCAACUUUCGACUCUACUGUAAUUAAAGUAUGAGCAUUAUGUCAUGUGAAAUUAGGAAACUUUAAUAUCACGAAAACUUUGUAUGCUGUAGUGAAUUAAAUUUUAAUUCGACUAAAUAUAAAAAAUAUCA